AGUACUCCUACCAAAUAUCAUCAAAUGAAUUACAACAUGGCCACAUUUACUUUUAUCUUACUAUUGGCUGUUGUGGCGGUUAUAGCCAUACCAGACUUUCAGUACGAUUUAGAAAAAGCUGAGGAAUAUUUUGAAGCCUUUAUCCAGGAAUACGGAAAAGAAUACGCAAAUGAAGAUGUAAAGGCCAGAAAAUUCGAAGUCUUUAAAGAGUCACUGAAGGCGUAUAACAAGAUGAAUAUGGAGCAAUCGCAUGCUAAAUUUGGUAUUCAUGAACAUUCAGACUUAACCAGAGAAGAGUUACAAAAGAUAAGAGGCGGUUUCCGUCGUAUGGAAGGCGGCUUCCGUCGUAUGACCGACAGCAAUUGCACGAGUCACACCAGAGCACCAGCGGUAAACCCACCGGAAGCAUAUGACUGGCAACUGCAAGGUUCCGUUGUCACUCCUGUCAAGCAACAAAUGUGCGGCGAUUGCUAUGCCUUCUCUGCAACAGGCAAUAUAGAAGGUCAAUAUGCAAAGAAAUACGGUAAACUGGUGGAACUCUCAGAACAGCAGAUAGUAGACUGUGACAAGACAAAUGCUGGCUGCCAUGGUGGUGAUAUGAUAAAAGCUAUAAUGGAAAUAAAGAGAGUUGGUGGACAAAUGAGUCUGAAGGACUACCCAUACAAUGGCAUUCAGGGUAAAUGCUCAUUCAAUGCAAGUGACAUACAGGCUAAAGUGAUUGGUUGCGAAACAUAUAAUCUCACAAGUGAGGAUGAUUUGGUGAAAGUACUAUACAAUCGAGGUCCACUGGCUGUAGGCGUUGAUUCUACUGAUUUGCAGGCAUAUCUAGGUGGUAUCUUACGAUCAUGUUCGUUUAAGACCGGCAAUCAUGGUGUGCUUCUGGUGGGCUAUGGCGUUGAGGACAAUAUAAAGUUUUGGCGGUUCAAGAACUCUUGGGGAGGUUUUGGCGAGAAAGGUUACAUCCGCGUUGAGCGCGGAAAGAAUUUAUGUGGUCUCAUGAGCGACCAAAUCACCUCUGCUAUUGUUGCCUAA